AUCUAUAAGUCGAUUUUAACAUUCUCAUCUCCCCAUUUUUUUUCUCAUUUUCAUAUUUAGCAGCUCAAGAUCAAAAAAUACGAAUGCGAGUUACUUCUUCAUCUGAGCCCAAGAUUCCAGGCUGAUUUUAUUGACUUAUUGGGGCCAUUUUUAAGGGGCCCAUCUUCGAAAACCAAACGCUUUCGUUUUUCGUUUUCUUUCCGCCUCAGCAAGUUGAACACCGCAGGACGAUCUCUAACUGUUUGAUAAUUUGAUCUUUCCUAUCAGAUUCUCAUUUCUCCCGAACUUAGGUAGAUCUCAGUUCUUGUCUCCGUGUGUGUCAAGAUUAGGCGGUAGUGAGAUUAACAGUGACCCCUUCUCAAGCAUAUAGUGUGAAUUUUAUAUUGUUGCUUUAGUUGCAUAUUAACUGUUCGUAGGAAUGCCGCACCGAGAUGGUGUUGCUAAAACUCUUUUAGGACAAUUGCUAUGCAACAGACGGAUGCCCCUCAUGAAUCUUCAUAAUUGCUUGCUGCAGUGUCGAAUGAUGACCACCAGCAAAAGGGUUCAAGAUAGGAGCAAGCGAAAACGAGUUCAGGACCUUGAAGUUUCUCUGGAGAAGCACAAAAUACUUUCCAAGAUUCUAUUUUUAUUUGAAAUCUUGAAGCAACAGCCAGAGCAAGUCAUGCCCAUCAGAGACUUGGAUAGACACAGAAGGCAAAUUAACCUUCCCAAACCCCACAAGUUAUCUGCCUUUCUUAGGAAGUCGCCGAAACUUUUUGAGUUGUACAAGGAUGACCACGGAACCUCGUGGUGUGGGAUAACUAAACUGGCUGAGGACUUAGUUGAGGAGGAAGAAAAAAUCAUUGAAGAGAAUAGUUUCAAAGCUGUGGAAUAUGUCUGUAGAAUGCUGAUGAUGUCGGUCGACAAGAGGCUUCCGUUGGAGAAAGUUGCACAUUUUAGGAGAGAUCUAGGGUUGCCGUUUGAUUUUAGGACCAAGUGGGUGCAUGAAUAUCCCAAACAUUUUAAAGUCGUGCGGCCAUUUUUACCGCUUGAUGAGAGGGAAUAUUUGGAGCUUGUCGAAUGGAAUCCUAGUUGGGCUAUCACCGAGUUGGAAAAGAAGUGGAGGAGAACUCAGGGGAUGAAGUUGGAUGAUCCUGAUCGUGUUCCAGGGCUGCUUUCUUUAGAGUUUCCUAUGAAGUUCCCCCCCAAUUAUAAAAAGAUGUUGUCGCGAUAUUCUGAGCAAAUUAGCAACUUCCAGAAGAGGGAGUAUCUGUGCCCGUAUGCUGAUGCUAGAGAUUUAAAAGCAGGAUCACAUGAAUUCGACAAGAGGGCAGUUGCAGUUAUGCACGAGCUACUGAGUUUCACGAUUGAGAAGAGGCUGAUAACUGAUCAUUUGACACAUUUUAGAAGGGAAUUCGUGAUGCCACAGAAGCUGAUGAGGCUGCUGCUGAAGCAUUUUGGUAUCUUCUAUGUUUCAGAGAAGGGUAGGAGAUUUAGUGUGUUCUUGAAUGAGGCUUACGAAGGUUCGGAGUUGAUUGAAAAGCAUCCGCUCAUUGUUUGGCGGGAGAAGGUAGAUAAAUACAUAGGUUAUAGAAGGAAAAAGAGUCCAUUCAUGGGACUGGAAUAUUUAUCUGAAAUGGAAGAUAAAGACCUGCUUGAGAGUGACUCUGAGCAUGAUAGUAUCAGUGUUGAGAGUGAACAGAAGGAUGCCAUGCAUAAUUUCAAUGAUGUCUCAUCUUCAGACAGUUCUGAGAUGGAGAUUGAAGAGAUUUAUGCAGCAUACGAAGAUUGAAACUCUGUGCCUGAUUGUGCAGAACUCCAGAUACAAAAAAUUUGAAGGCUUCCAAGUUGGACAAAAAGUAUAGAGGGCAUAGAAGGCCUCCAAAGAUGAUGGUGAUAUUGGCGCUGUGGCUCAAGCCUAAUAAGUGCUGGUUUUUCAACUGUAAUUAAAGUAAGAAUCGGCUGGAAUUUUUUCAGAUUGAUGAUGAUCAAUUUGGUCAUGGGUGAACCGUGGAAAGAUUGGUAUUUCCAUCUCCAUUGUCUCAAAUUUUUAUAUAUAUAUAUAUAUAAGGUUGAAGCA